AUGGCUGCCAGACGGCCUGCCCAGCGCUUUGCUGCGCAACUUGCUUCUCCCUCCGCACGCUUUUUAAGAACUCAAUUCGCUUCUCCGAGACGCUGGCUGUCUAGUUCUGCCGGCCCCAAAGCUUCUCGAUCAACUUACUCCGGCUCUUCUACGCUGUGGCUCACUGCUGUUGCCCUUGGCGCAGCUGCCCCCUUAGCCUACAAGAUGGCUGAAAUCGAACCCAUCAACGCCGAUCCUUCCACCCUUGCCGACCGCGAUGCCCAGAAGAAGCGCGAGUCGGGCGUCACUGAGGAUUCACCUAUGCGACUACGCAUGGAAAAGUUUAUUCGGGAGCAACAAGCCCAGAUCGUUGCCGAACUCGAGAGAGUUGACGGCAAAAAGUUUCGCAAGGAUGAAUGGGAGCGUCCCAACGGAGGAGGCGGCACCACCUGCGUUCUCCAAGAAGGAAACGUCUUCGAAAAGGCUGGUCUCGGUGUGAGCGUCGUCUACGGCUCGCUUCCUAAGCCUGCCAUUGAGAAGAUGCGAGCCAACCAUAAGACCAUGGACCCUAACAUGGAAUCAAUCGACUUCUUUGCUGCAGGCCUCAGCAUGGUUCUUCACCCUUACAACCCUAUGGCCCCAACGGUGCACCUUAACUACAGAUACUUCGAAACGGCUAACCCCGACGGCACGUCUCAGGCUUGGUGGUUUGGCGGUGGUUGUGAUUUAACACCUUCAUACCUCUUCGAUGAAGACGCGAUACACUUUCACAAGACGAUCAAGGCCGCUUGCGAUGCUCACGAUAAGGAAUACUACCCACGAUUCAAGAAGUGGUGUGACGAGUACUUUUAUAACAAGCACCGGGGCGAGGCCCGUGGUAUUGGCGGCAUCUUCUUCGAUGACCUUGACGAAACGGAGCGCGAUCGCGAGAACACAUUCUCGUUUGUCCAAGAUUGUCUGAAGGCAUUCCUCCCAUCCUACAUCCCCAUUAUCGAAAAGCGAAAGGACAUGCCCUACACUGAGGCAGAGAAAGACUGGCAGCAACUGCGUCGUGGCAAGUACGUCGAGUUCAACCUUGUGCACGAUCGCGGCACAGCAUUUGGUCUUAACACACCCGGCUCAAGAGUCGAAAGCAUUCUCAUGAGUUUGCCGUUGACAGCUGGCUGGAAGUAUAUGCAUGAACCUGAGCCUAAGAGCAGGGAGCAGCGCCUGGUAGAUGUCCUCAGAGACCCCAAGGAGUGGGUUUAA